AUGAAUCGGAAACACCCAAUCCUAACCGACGCCAUGCGCCUCCAGCAGCAGCGACAACGUCAACAGCAGGACGGCGAUUCGCUCGACAUCCUCCAGAACGGCCACGAGAAUCCGGCGAAGGCGAUUCGCGCGAUGCUGGACGAUUGCGCCCGCCGAGCUCAACAACACGCUGGCACGGCGACUGCCGACGCGCUCGCGCAGCUCGUGUACGCCGUCGAAAGAAAACUCGCCAGCAGGGAGAUUCCGAAGGCACUGGCGCUGCGACACCCUGAUGCCGCGGACGGGCAGUCUUACCUUCAGGCGUUGUUCGACGCCGUCAGCUUCCUUUAUAUGCGCGUGACCACCGAUGCCUCCCUCGACUCGCACUGGAUCUUGAAGCAGCAGCGCUAUCUCGUUACAAUGAUCGACCAGGCCAUUCGACAAGUACACGCUCAACACAGCAUCAGCAAGCAUCACUUCAAGCUCGUCAGGCUGCGCCCGUACUAG